ACAAAAAUUAGUUUUUUUAAAUUUUAAACGUAAAAAAAACACUAUCUGAUUAUGUCAAUAAUUUAACCAAAUAUAUCAAUAAAUAAAUUAUUUUCAAGUUUUAUCAAACAAAAAUGCUUUUUGAAGUGACGUUCAGUGGGACAAGGAGAUUGCAGUAUUUUUGUUACAGGCGACUAUCUUUAGGGUUAUAUAAAACGAAUAUUCGAGCAUUCUCUGUAUCAACACAUAAUUACUAUGGUUCAAAUCAACAUUUGUAUCAAAGUUUACCAAACACCGCAAGAAGUAUAUACUUGUUGAAUAAAGAUAGCUAUAAAACUAAUACAUUUCUUGGUGGGAUUAAGUACUAUUCUACGAAGAAAGAGGAUGAAGAAGGUAGAUCUCCAUCUCCAUCAAGACCAAAAGAACAACAUCAUGAAUAUCACACACAGUUACCUGCGACAGUUGCUGUUCCUGAAGUCUGGCCCCAUUUGCCGGUUAUCGCUAUCAACAGAAAUCCUGUAUUUCCCAGGUUUCUCAAACUUGUAGAGAUUACAAAUCCAGUUUUAAUUGAGCUAGUGAGAAGAAAAGUAAAACUGAAUCAACCAUAUGCAGGAAUAUUUCUCAAAAAAAAUGAAGAGAAUGAGUCUGAAGUUGUUCAAUCCUUAGAUGAUAUAUACCAUAUUGGUACAUUCGCGCAAAUUCAUGAAAUGCAAGAUUUGGGAGAAAGAUUGCGAUUGGUUAUAAUGGCCCACAGACGUAUUAAAAUCACUGGGCAAUUAAUGGAUGAAAUUAUUGAAGUUCCUAAAGAAAUGAAAUUGAAGUUUCCAUUAUUAAAUUCUGAAAUAAACGUUAAACUCGACUCUACAACUGAAAAUGAAGAAUCACGAGCUGAGCAACGCAGAAGAAAACAUCAGAGCUCAAGAAUAAAGCCUAUCGCAUCAAGACCUGAGGUUGUUCAAAAGAAAACUGAGGAAGUAGAAUCAACAGUAGAAAGUGAUAAGAGCAAAACAAAGCAACCUUUACUAAUGGUUGAGGUUGAAAAUGUGGUUCAUAACAAAUAUCAACAAACAGAAGAAGUUAAAGCCUUAACUCAAGAGGUUAUAAAAACUAUUAGGGAUAUUAUAAGCUUGAAUCAGAUGUACAGGGAAUCCUUACAACAAAUGUUGCACCAAGGUCAGCGCGUUGUUGAUAAUCCAGUAUAUUUGAGUGAUUUAGGUGCAGCUUUAACAGGUGCUGAACCACAGGAACUACAAGCAGUAUUGGAAGAAUUAGAGAUUCCAAAACGUUUAAUGCUAUCAUUGAAGCUUUUGAAAAAAGAAUUUGAAUUGUCAAAACUGCAACAAAAAAUUGGAAGAGAAGUAGAAGAAAAAGUGAAGCAACAGCAUCGAAAGUAUAUACUACAUGAGCAACUGAAAGUUAUUAAAAAGGAACUUGGUCUUGAGAAAGAUGAUAAAGAUGCUAUAGGUGAUAAGUUCAGAGAGAGAAUUAAAAACAAAACUGUUCCUACAGCAGUUAGAGAGGUCAUUGAUGAAGAAUUAACAAAAUUGACAUUCUUGGAAUCCCACAGCUCUGAAUUUAAUGUAACACGGAAUUAUUUAGACUGGCUAACCUCUCUCCCAUGGGGAUUGACAAGUAAGGAAAACUUAAAUAUUGAGCGAGCUGUUGGAAUUCUGGAUGAGGACCAUUAUGGUAUGGAAGACAUUAAGAAAAGAGUUCUAGAAUUUAUUGCAGUUAGUCAAUUAAAAGGAAGUACUCAGGGCAAAAUUCUUUGCUUUUAUGGUCCUCCUGGUGUUGGAAAAACUAGCAUAGCUCGUUCAAUUGCUCGUGCUUUAAAUAGGGAAUAUUUCCGUUUUUCUGUUGGAGGAAUGACUGAUGUAGCAGAAAUCAAAGGACACAGGCGAACUUAUGUAGGUGCAAUGCCUGGAAAAGUAAUUCAAUGCUUGAAAAAAACCAAAACGGAAAAUCCUUUGAUAUUGAUUGAUGAAGUUGAUAAGAUUGGGAAGGGGUAUCAAGGUGAUCCAUCAUCAGCAUUACUAGAAAUGUUGGAUCCAGAACAAAAUUCCAACUUUUUAGAUCAUUAUCUAGAUGUGCCAGUCGAUUUAUCUAGGGUUCUAUUUAUUUGCACUGCAAAUGUGAUUGAAACAAUUCCUGAACCUCUAAGAGAUCGUAUGGAAAUGAUAGAUAUGUCAGGCUAUGUUGCUGAGGAGAAAUUAGCUAUAGCAAAACAAUAUUUACUUCCCCAAGCAAUGAAAGAUUCAGGUCUAAAGGAUACGCAAAUAACAUUAGAAGAUGGUUCUUUAACAGCUUUGAUAAAGAAUUAUUGCCGUGAAUCUGGAGUCAGAAAUCUACAGAAACAUAUUGAAAAGGUUGUUAGAAAAGUGGCUUACAAAGUUGUUAAGAAAGAAGCGGAGCAGAUUAGUGUUAGCUCAGAAAAUUUAAGUGACUUUGUGGGAAAGCCUGUUUUUACACAUGAUCGAAUGUAUGAUACAACUCCACCAGGGGUUGUUAUGGGUUUAGCCUGGACGGCAAUGGGUGGCACAACAUUAUUCAUUGAGACUGCUCCACGGAGGUUUGAUGCUGGAACCAGAGUGUCUCUAGAUGGCAAAGCACCUGGUGAAGGAACUUUGGAGGUUACAGGGCACCUAGGGAAUGUUAUGAAAGAAUCCGCACGAAUUGCACUCACAGUUGCCCGAAAUUUCAUGAAUAGGAUUGAUUCCACAAAUCAAUUUUUAAACAUCAGUCACCUACAUUUACAUGUGCCUGAAGGCGCUACUCCAAAAGACGGCCCCAGUGCAGGUUGUACAAUAGUAACAGCUCUACUUUCAUUGGCCAAAGGUAAACCAGUCCGACAAGAUCUUGCAAUGACUGGUGAGGUUUCAUUGAUGGGAAAGGUACUUCCUGUUGGUGGCAUUAAAGAAAAAACGAUUGCGGCAAAACGGGUUGGAGUGAAAUGCAUAAUAUUACCAGAGGAAAAUAAAAAAGACUAUACAGAUUUGCCAAAGUUUAUAACCAAUGGAUUAGAAGUACAUUUUGUAAGUACUUACGAAGACAUAUAUAAAAUAGUAUUUGAGGAGUCACUUCCAGAAUCGACAAGUACAACACAACCUUUUCAACAACCUACACUCAAUCUUUCACCACCACCUAAAGCAAAAAUUGUGUGAGAUUGUGCAGUUAUAAUAUUGCAUUAUUAUUCAAUUAUUUUUGUAGAUUUGUUUAUAUUAAUUUAAGAAAAAAAAAUCGGUUCUACUAUGUUUUGCCCAUACUUAUAAAUUUUAUAUUAUUCUGUAUGUAGAAAGUAAUUGUGUUGUUAUAGCAAGUCAUGAUGCAAUCGUGUACUUGAAGUAUGUUAUGAAGUUAAAAACUUACAUAAAAUUUAAUUAUAUGCUGAAAACAUGUUUGAAA